AUGGGAGGAAUUACGGAGCUUAUUGUCCUCACCUAUGGGGGUCGGCGAGCGUUGGUGCUCGCAGAAGACAGAACUGCCAAGCUGAAAAGGUGCCGGCGAGAGGCGGGACUUGGUUGCUGUGGAUCGGCAGGGGAGUACGGAGAGGGGCAGACUCUCGUUCUGCUGCUGAAGAUGCUGCUAACUUUGUGCAGCUUGCUCUUCUCUCCGGUGGUCUCCAUCCAUCCAGAAUGCAAGAUUUUUCAGCAGGUCAUGAAAGACGAGGCUCAGUGUUUAGAGAAAAACCACUCUCUUUCACCAGAUUUUAAAGGGUGUGCUGGAGUUUGGGAUGGGCUGAGCUGCUGGCCCCAAGCUACCUUCGGAGAGGUUGUGACCGUCUCAUGUCCAGGAUUUUUUGAAGAAAUCACCAACAUACAAGGGUUCCUGCACAGAAACUGUACCUUGGGAAAUUACUGGUCUGAGCCAUUCCCCUCAUACUCUGCUGCCUGCGGAUUUGAAGAAAGUUUAACAAAAGGACCAGAAGACCAGAAAUCUUACUAUUCGGAGUUCUGGUACAUCUACACUGCCGGCUAUGCGACAUCUCUGGUUUCCCUCUUUACAGCCCUUCUCAUCUUUACCUUCUUUCGAAAAUUCCACUGCACACGGAAUUACAUCCACAUGCAUUUGUUUGUCUCGUUUAUCCUGAGGGCGGCAGCUGUUUUCACCAAAGACGCCAUUUUGUUUUCGGAUGACACUAUGGACCACUGCUUGAUGUCGACGGUGCCGUGCAAGGCCGCCGUGGCUUUCUUCCAGCUCAGCAUUUUAGCCAAUUUCUUUUGGCUCUUCGUCGAAGGCCUCUAUCUGCAAACACUGUUGAUCCUCACCUUUGUCUCUGACAAACAGUAUGCGUGGAAGUUCGUCCUGAUUGGCUGGGGAGCUCCGGUGACCAUCACCCUUGUAUGGAUUCUGGCCAGAAUUUACAGACAGAACACUGGAUGCUGGGAUGACGAGGAAGAGAGCUCUGCCAUGCUGUGGAUCAUCAAGGGACCCAUCCUAUUAACCGUCUUGGUGAACUUCAUCAUUUUCCUGAACAUCAUUCGCAUUUUAGUGCAGAAAUUAAAAUCUUCAGAGCCCGGAGGAAGGCACUCGAGGCAUUUUGUGAGACUGGCCAAAUCCACCCUGCUCCUAAUUCCGCUCUUUGGCGUGCAUUAUGUCGUAUUCGCUUUCUUUCCGGAGGGCACAGGGACGGAUGCCAGACUGUACGUUGAGCUGGCCUUGGGCUCUUUUCAGGGCUUUUUUGUCGCUCUGCUGUACUGUUUCUUGAAUGGAGAGGUCCAGGCUGAGUUCAAGAAAUGCUUGCGCAAGUGGCACUACCAGCAUUACCUUAGCUUCAGACAAAAGCAUCGGAGAAUCUCUGGAGACAACAGUCCAGUCAAUUAUGUCACACAGCUCUCCCUGCUGGACAGGAUCAGCCCCCAGAGAAGCAACUGUCCGAAUGGCUCCUCUUCCAUCUGA